UUUUAAAGCCCACCGCCCUCCUAAUUUCGCCCUCACGUCCCUCUCCCUCGUCUGCAUCCCCUCCCAAAUUCCCAAUCCCUCGCGCCUCGCGCCUCCUCCCCUGCUCGGCCCCAAGAACCAGAGCAAGAAGAAGGCGGGCCACCCGAUCGAUCAGGCGCGCUCGGCCGCAGCCAUGGGGCCGUCAUGGUGUCGGGGCCUUCGCCUCCUCUUCGUGGCGUCCCUGCUCGUCCUCUCCGUUGCCGCGCUGCAGCCGCCGCCGCCGCCUCCGGAGCCGUCAGCGGCCGACGCGCUGCUCGCCCGCAUGUGCGACCCCCGCAGCGCGCGCCCGGCGCCGCCCACCUUGUGCCACGGCAUUCACCUCAGGCGCCGCGUCGGGACCGCGGGGCAUCGCCGCCACAACCACCACCACCGGCCCGUGCCGGUGCCGCUGCCGCCUCCCGGACGCGAGGGCGGGGAGGAGAUCGACGUGCGCUACGGCGUCGCCAAGCGGCUCGUGCCGACGGGGCCGAACCCGCUGCACAACUGAGACGCGCGCCGCGCCGCGGCGGCGACGACGACGCGGCGCGGCCAGUUCUUGGUUUCUUGGGCGCCGCGGGUUCCUGGCGCGGCAGGAGGAGCGCAUGCAAGCACCGCCUCGUCGGCCUCUCUUGUUCCUGCUUUCCGGCCGACGGAAACCGGAAAGGACUUACAAUGGAGGCCCGAUCGGCGCCGGCGCCUGCAUGACAAUAACAGAAAAACUGGAUAGAUAGGUGUGUGCCAUGUAUAGGCUAGUAGUUCUUCGCCGUCCUCCCGAUUCUUGACUUCUUGGCUCGCCGUUGCUCUGUUUCUUCCUGGGGUCGGUCGGUCCCCUUGUAGUCUCCUAGCCUUCUUGGCUUCCAUUGUUCACCAGAAAACUGGAAGUGUUUUUCCCCCUCGGUGACGUCCGCAGAAUUUGUUGUUUCGCCUCGCCAUCCGAUGAAGUGUUCU